AUGACCGGCAAAGGCAGAAGCAGCAAAUCGCCCGCUCCAUCAUCUCCCCCCAAGCCUUCUCGCACCGACAUGAUCCUGGCCAUGAAUGAUCCCUACAUGCAGCAGAUCAUCGAUGACACCAAGACCUACGAGUUCCGAAAAUACAACAUGGCUGGCAUCCGGAGAAUCUGGUUCUACCGCACUGCCCCGCACUCUGCCAUCACCCACAUCUGCCCCGUCGACAAGGCCGUCACCAGAACCCUGGAUGACGCGCCGCUCCCCGAAGACGGCCUGGGGAACAGAGAAUACAAUGAGAAGCAUGCGGAUUACGAAGGCUACGGCUAUGCCUACCGCAUCAAGGAGGUGUACGAGAUCAACGCUGAGGGAGGAAGGGGGAUCACAUGGGCAAUGAUGAGGGAUGAGCACAGCAUGAAGAUUGCGCCUCGUGGGAGAGUCAUUGUUCCAGCAUCUAUGCUGGAACAAUACCCUUUGGGAGGCCAGCGCAAGAUUCGUUAA